AUGUCAGACUUUGCUAUAGCCCAGGGCAUUAUUAUCCUAAUUGGCCGUGGGGUUCUUCUGCCUUUACCUCCUGGCCCGAAGCCUAUUCCUAUUCUCGGCAAUAUUAGAGAUGUCCCAUCCCCUAAAGUGCCAGAAUUCGAGCACUGGCUUACGUUCAAAGACAAAUAUGGUCCUAUCAGCUCUAUGACCGUAUUGGGUAAAACACAGAUUAUAAUUCACGACAAGGAAGCUAUUAUUGAACUUUUAGAGAAAUCGUCAUUAAAUACUUCUUCACGGCCCCAUAUGAAUUUCAUGAGCUUGUGCGGUUAUGACCGGUGGCCGAGUGUAAUGCCAUAUAACAGCCGACAUCGACUGUAUCGAAAGCUUAUCCACCAGCAACUCGGAACCAAUCUCCUCUCUGCUCAAUACACCGAUAUUCAAGAUGUCGAAUCAAAGAGAUUUCUGUUGAGAGUUUUAAUGGAUCCUCUACAUCUAUUCAAACAUGUGAAAAUAGAAGCGGCUUCUAUUAUAUUGAAACUUACUUAUGGUUACUCAACAGAGCUAUACAAGCCCGAUCCUCUGGUAGAACUAAUUCAGCAGGUUUUGUUACACGCCUCCGCGGUUAUAAUGCCUUUUACAUGGGCUGUUGAUAGCUUCCCUUUUCUCUCGUACUUGCCUGAGUGGUUCCCAGGUGCAGGUUUUAAGCGGACUGUUCGCGAGUGGAGAGCACUUCUCGACGCCAGUGCUGAAAUCCCUUAUAAUUUUACUAAAGAGCAAAUGCAAAAAGCCUCGUAUCAGUCGUCAUACACAUCCAAGCUUAUCAGCACCUUGGGGAAAGAUGGCAGAGAAGUAGAUGAAGAGACUGCUGAUGCCAUUCGAUGGACAGCGGGAAUGAUGUUUGCCGCUGGCGCAGAGACCACUGUGGCGGCUAUCCAAGCGUUUAUAUUGGGCAUGGUUUUGCAUCCCGACGUUCAACAAAAAGCUCAAGAGGAAAUCGACAAAGUGGUCGGCCCAGAUCGUCUCCCCGAAGCUAGUGACAAGGAAAACCUGCCCUACAUUAGUGGUGUGGUUAAGGAGGCACUUCGAUUUUUCCCUGUCACACCUAUGGGAGUGGUUCAUGAAGUUUCACAGGAAAUGAUCUUCCGAGGCUAUCGCCUUCCCAAAGGUGCAUAUAUACGACCUGCGGUAUGGUGGUUUUUAAACGAUCCAAAAACAUACGCAAAUCCUUCGAGAUACGACCCUGAACGCUACCUCGCGCCUCGAAACGAGCCAGACCCCAUGGAUGCAUUUGGCUAUGGCCGUCGAAUAUGCACUGGCAGGUAUGUCGCGCAAGAUAGUCUCUUCUUCACGAUCUCACGAACACUGGCGGUCUUCACCAUUAGCAAGGCAGUUCAUGAGGGGAAGCCAGUUGAUUUCGAACCCAAGCAUGCAACAACAGGUGCGCUGGACCAUCCGCAGGAUUUUCCAUAUAGCAUUGCUCCGAGGUCCGAAAAACAUGCGGAAAUGAUUCGGAGAGUUGAGGCUGAUCACCCGUGGGAGGGGAGCAGUGGGGGAGCUAUUCAAGGGAAUGCUCUAUUUGAUAAGUUUAAGGCGGACUGCGAGGUUGGAAUUGGCAGUUACUGA